AUGGCUGGAAAAAAGAAAGUAUUGAGGGUGGCGGAGAAGAAGAAGCCGCUGCCUGUGACGGUAUUGUCUGGAUUUCUUGGAAGUGGCAAGACGACACUUCUACGACACAUCCUGCAGUCACCCGACCAUGGUCUGCGCAUCGCGGUCAUAGUGAACGACAUGGCCGCCGUAAAUGUCGAUGGUAAUCUGAUCGCUCGAGGUGGUACUUCUUCGAAGGCGAAGAAAGGCGACAACGCUGUAGAGCGAGUGGUCAAGGAGAAGGUGAUUCAGAUGCAGAAUGGAUGCAUCUGCUGCACACUGCGGGAGGAUCUGCUCACUGAGCUCGCGCGCUUGGCGUGGAGCGACCAGGGUUUCGACCACGUCGUUGUCGAGAGCUCGGGGAUUAGCGAGCCGCAGCAGGUCGCUGAAACAUUCACGGCGGAGCUGACAGAGGCGAUGGUAGAUGCCGAGGGCAUGGAGACCGAGGAGCGGGAGACGUUCUUGAGAGUAGCCAAGCUCGGCGGCCUCAAGUCCAUCGCUACAGUCGACACCAUGGUUACCGUCGUCGACGCCUUCCGGUUUUUCUCUGAGUUCGACACCGCCGAGUUCCUACAAGAUAGGUUUGGCAAAGACGACGUACCGGAGGAAGACCAGCGCACUAUUUCUGAUCUCUUCGCGGAUCAGCUCGAGUUCGCGAACGUGGUUAUUGUAAACAAGGUGGACAUGGUCGACCGGAAGACGCUCGGUCGGGUGCGGGCAUAUGUCAAGACGCUCAACCCCACAGCGAAGAUCAUCGAGUCGAAGUACUCCAGAGUGAACGUCAAGGAGAUGCUGAAUACGGGGAAGUUCGACUUCGCGGAGGCGAUUGCGAGUCCGGGGUGGCUGAGGAGUUUACACGAGAUGACUGUAAUGGACGUCCACGGGAAGAAGCGUGUAGCGCCGAAGCCCGAGACACUAGAAUACGGAAUUGGUAGCUUUGUCUACCGAGCUCGAAGGCCCUUCGAUCCGUUGAAGCUAUACCGCGCAUUGGAAGGCAAGUUUAUCCUACUGCAGGAUGAACCAGACGACGAAGACGAGGACGAGGACAUGGGCGACGCUGGCUCGGACGCGGACGAGGGCAGCAACAACACCGACAAUUCGGAUAAUGCGAGCGAGGAUAGUGAGGGUCCACCACCCAUGGACUCCAGCGAGAUCCUCGCGAAUAAGAAGGCUUGUCCCCUUUUCCGUGGCCUGCACCGCAGCAAGGGCAUCUUCUGGCUUGCUACUCGACCCAGCCAGAUGGGCUCGUGGAGUACCGCCGGCGCUAUGUUGACGCUCGGCUCGGAGAUGCCCUGGUUCUGCACUGUAUCGGACGAUGAGUGGAAUGCCGAUGAGGACACCAUGAGGAAUAUCAAAGCUGACUUCGAGGGCGAAUGGGGCGAUCGUCGGCAGGAGCUCGUUCUUAUUGGCGAAGAUCUGGACAUGGAAGGACUGACAAAAAUGCUAGAUAGCUGUCUGUUGAGUCGUGCAGAAAUGCGUAAGUGGGAAGGUGUGAUGCAUGAUCGUAAACUGAGUGAGGAAGAACAAGAAGAGAGGUUACAAGAGAUAUGGGAUGAUAGCUAUUGGGCUGAGUGGGGGCGGGCAGAAGAUGAAGAGCAUGACCACGCGGGCCAUAACCAUCCCCACUAG